AGAAUUCAUUAGUUCUUCUCCGCAUUUGCUGGCUCGUCAAACAGCCGAUACAGCUGCCUUCGUUGUUUGCUGCCAACUCAACUAUUUUCAUUCACCCCCUUAGCAUCUAUCAAUAAGGUGGCUGUUUUUUUUUUCCCGCUCUCGCCUGCGCUAUCGAGGACCCCUGUAUCGCACCUCUGUUGCUCUUCCGCUGAUCCCUUUUUGGUUUCUCUCUUCCCAUCCUCCCGUCUCACAUUUCGACUCGCGAGAUCAUGAUGGCGUCUUCCGGCACGCGGGUCUUUCUCUCGUCGUGGCUGGACAAGAAGAUGGAGUGGCGCUUCGUGUACGAGCACCGGUUCUUCAUCUUAGACGGCACCCGGCUCAGCUAUCGGCUGGAGGAGCACAGCGCUGAGAAGCGCUUCGGCACCAUCACCUCCUUCGAGCCCUUUCGAGAGAGCGCCAAGGAGGAGACGGCAAAAGGCUACUGCUUCACCGUCUGGUUGCUCGAGGGCGGCUCGUGGUAUCUGCGCGCGGCCACAAAAGAGAUCUACGACAGCUGGUUUCGCGCGAUCAUGACCGUUUUGGUGCCCUCCGCGAAUCCCUCGGUCGCCCCCAGCGAAGGCGAGGGCGGGGACGGGCAGCACUCCCGUGUGGCGUCGAGUAUUACGGAGGCGUCUGCGAUCACCUCCGGCGGGCCCUCUUCGCAGCCCCUCGGGAACGAAGGCAUCGGACGCAAUCCAGGCGGCCGCCACCAAACGCCGGUGCGGAAAGCGACCGAGGAGCAGCCAGACCCCUCCAAUGGCGGCACGCCUGGUCGCAUCAACGGAGUGCACAGCCCCGACGGCACGUCCACUGCUGCUACUGCUACUACGGCCGCCUACACACACGCUGCGGACAUCUCGGCCAGUGCGCAGGACACCGUACUGCUCUCUUCAAUGGUGGAGAAGGAAAAGGCCUGGCGUGGGCAGUGGAGGCCUCGGUAUAUGGAACUGCGCGAGGGCCGGCUACUCAUUAUUCGCAGCUCCGCCGCCUCUGCCUCGGAGCGUCAGCGGUACGUCGUGGAGGCUGUGGACCCGUCACCGAUGACUGCCCAGGCAACAUGGAUGCUCAUCAGCACCAGCACCGGCGACCGCUUCUGGGUGCGCUUCGGCUCCGUCGAGGAGCGCCAACGCUGGGUGACCGUCUGCGGCCGGUUGCUGCUGGCGGAGUGCUCGUGGCACUGGACGCCGCUCGCGGAGGACGACGCAGGUCGCUCAUGGCGCCUGCGGCAGGCCACCAGCGGCUCCUACGACGACCUGCAUGUGCACUACCAUUGUGCAACAAUGGUGCCGUCCUUCAACAACGAGGUCUGGUGUCCGUCGCUGUUCGUUUUUGGCGGCUGCGAGCGGUGGUGCAAGUCCCUCUUCAACCCACAAGCACGCGCCUUUCUGCCCCACACAGAUGCCACGUACACCAAUGGGCGCCUGGCUGCGAUGGAGCUCGCCGGGCCGCACCUUGUUCGCCCCAUCCAACCCGCGCCGUUUAAAGAGGCCCCCCACGCCUUGGUGCGGCCCCUGCCCCGCUACGGUGCCACUCUCACCUGUCUCCCCGUUGCUGCUCCACGCCCUGGUGGUGCCCCGCUCACGAAGAUGACCGAGGAUGGCGAUACGAAUGGACGUACAGAAGGAGACGCCGGUGACGGAGCUGUGGCUGCAUCCGCAACGGAGUUGCUGGGUGCCCGCGUGGUGCUGCUGGGCGGCCUCACCGGCGGCGGCUACCAGCCCCCUGCCACGGAGCUGUGGAGUGUGUGGCGCAGCAAGGCGGCCUGCGCGCCGGGGGUGGAGUUACGCUGGGGGCGGCAGGACUUGCCUUCCUACGAGCUUCCGAACCUGGCCUUUCACGACGCCGUCUACGUGUCAUGGGGGACGCACGCGCCAUCACAAGCCGUGUCGACCGCAGCGCAGCCGCACGACGGCUUUUUGCUCGUGACGGGCGGGCUGGACGUGGAGUACCGCUGCAGGGCGGAGUGCUACGCGGUAGUGUGGAACUAUGACAGCAGCAGUGCAGAAGCGGCUUCGACGGACGCAGAGGAGCGCGCGUACACCGCCCUUCCUACGGCAUACGCCUUUGGCCAGCUGCCCGGGCCGCGCGCGUUCCAUCGCAUGGCGACUCUGGAGGACGGCACGGUGGUACUGGUGGGUGGGCGCGGCGUGGAGAACGCACCGGCGGCGCCGUCAGUGCUGACGCUCGCGCCGGAGGUGUGGCGGCGCGCGGCCAAGUCGUGGUGCCCUCCUCCGCCCGCUCCCUCCGCACCCGCCGAAGGCACUCCGCACGCCCCUGUCGAGCCAGCAUCACACAAAUCAGAGAACUGGUGCUCCCUUUCGAGUGAGGAGGAUCACGCGCCGCACAGCAGAAAGGAUGAGGGCGAUGACGACGACGCGGAUGCAGACGCACCAGCUUCGCAGUGGCGGCGCGCCCACUUCGACGACACGCCGCUACGCAGCAAAGACAAUUCCGCCUCCACAAGCACGGCGCAGCAGCUGGUGAAGACCCUUCCCAGCGAAAUGGGCGAUGUGGCUGUCGCGGCGACGGGCAGCGGAGGGCGUGUCGUGGUGAUGGGGCAGGUGACGCAACCGCGACAAGACGUCAAACUGUACCUGCUCGACUUUGAGCCGGUGCGUUCUGCGUCGAGUAAAAUCAGCGCGGGAGAGCAGUUCCCGCCAGGAACGCGCCGUGUGCGUUGUCACGAGGUACUUUUGUUUGUUGGGGCGGUGCCGAAUCGUGUCGUUGGCAUCACACUGCACGUUUUCAACGGCUACCUGUACGUGAUUGGCGGCUGCACGGUGGACAAGUCCAAAACCGACUCGUAUAGUCUGUGCGGUCCGCUUCGAAUUCUACUGGAAUAA